UCAGACCCACAUAAAGAGGAUCAAUAUGUCCAGCCAGAGCGUGUGGAGUGCACAUCUCCUGGUGGUGGGGGUAGUGUUGGUGGUGCUAUGCCCCCCCCUGUUGCAGGGCCAGUUCCCCCGGGAAUGCGCGAGCGUGGCGGGGCUGCAGAGCGGCCGCUGCUGCCCCUCUCCCGCGAGGCUGGCGGGGGACGAGUGCGGCUCUGAAGCGGGCAGGGGGCAGUGUGUGUCCAUCGCGGCCGACACCCGGCGCCACGGGCCCCAGUACCCCCACGAAGGGCGCGACGACCGGGAGCGCUGGCCGCUGAGGUUCUUCAACCAGACGUGCCAGUGCAUCGGGAACUUUAGCGGCCACAGCUGUGGCGGCUGCCGUCACGGGCUCACCGGGACCGGCUGCGACCAGAGAGUAUCAGUCGUGAGGAGGAACGUGAUGCAGCUGAGCUCUGCUGAGAAGCAAGCCUUUGUGAGCGCCUUGGACCAGGCAAAGAGGACCGUGCACCCAGAGCUGGUCAUCAGCACAAGACGGUACCCAGAGGUGUUGGGGCCCGACGGCAACCAGCCCCAGUUUGAGAACAUCUCCAUCUACAACUACUUUGUGUGGAGCCACUAUUACUCAGCCAGCAAGACGUACCUGGGGCCCGGGGAGGCCAGCUUCGGAGGGGUUGACUUCUCCCACGAGGGACCCGGCUUCCUCACCUGGCACCGCUUCCACCUGCUGCAGCUGGAGAGAGACAUGCAGGCCAUGCUGAGGGACCCCAGCUUCGCUCUGCCCUAUUGGAACUUUGCCACCGGGGGCAGCGUGUGUGACGUCUGCACCGACGAGCUACUGGGGGCGCGGAGCCGCUCCGACCGCGGGGCCCUGAGCCCCAACUCAGUGUUCUCCCGCUGGAGGGUGGUCUGCGAGGGCCUGGACGACUACGAGACGCUGGGGACCGUCUGCAACAGCACAGAGAGCAGCCCCAUAAGGAGGAACCCUGCGGGGAACACAGCCCGGCCCAUGGUCCAGCGACUGCCAAAGCCCCAGGACGUAGUGGACUGCCUGGAGCUAAACACCUUUGACACCCCUCCGUACUACUCCACCUCCUCCGGGAGCUUCAGGAACACCCUCGAAGGCUACAGUGCCCCCAAGGGGAUGUACGACCCGGCGGUCCGCAGCCUCCACAACCUGGCCCACCUGUUCCUGAACGGCACGGGGGGACAGACCCACCUGUCCCCCAAUGACCCCGUCUUUGUCCUGCUGCACACCUUCACCGACGCCGUCUUCGACGAGUGGCUCCGGAGACACAGUCAUGCUGUGCUGGUGUAUCCUGAGGAGGACGCGCCCAUCGGUCACAACAGCAGGUUCAACAUGGUGCCGUUCUGGCCUCCCGUCACCAACCUCCAGAUGUUCGUCUCCGCCCCAGAAAGCCUGGGGUACUCCUACGAAGUGGAGUGGCCUACCCGUGCCUACUCGCUGUACGACAUCCUCACCAUAGCAAUUGUUGUCGGGGUGCUAGUCGUGAUGGGGGUGUGCGGGGUGGUGGCGUGCGCCUCCCGCGCCCGCUCCUACCGCUCGCCGGAGGUCCUGGUGCCUCUGCUGGGGGCCGCCUCCCGCCGCUACUCAGAGGACCAGCGCAGGACCGAGAAGCCAGGCGUCUAGACUCCCAUCGCCUCCACAUACAUUGACUCUUUAUGUUCAUCAGUCGUCUUGCCUAACAUAGUUCCAUACGUUUGGAUCAGGUGAGAUGGCUCCUCAUGGCGAAUGUCGCCUGCUAUGAAGGGCCGCAAUAUCUGUGGCCUCAAAUAACCUCUAUUUUAUAUUUUUUUUCUAUUUGGAAUGUGGAUUUGUGUGUUGUUUAAUGUUGUCGUAAUGUAAAGUUUUGGUUUAGGAUUAGUUAGGGGGAGUCUUCUAUCGGAGAUUAUUGAGUGAGAUUUGCAUUGAACGACUUUCUCUUGAGUUGGAAAGACACACAGCUCUCUUGUCAUUGAAUUUUUGAGGACACCCCUGGUGACCCCAGGUGAGCCUAGUGCUGGGAUCAGGAAACGUUCGUUGGCAGGGCCAGCAAAGUAGCUUUGUAUCCAACAAAGAAAUGCAUGCAAAUUCUGUUCAGAAUUAAAGUACCUAGUAUCUA